GUAAUUUAAACCCCCUUGGAAGCAAGGUAGAAAUUCAUCAAAACUUUUGACCUUUAAUCCCUUUUUAUCCUUGUAUAUAAGCCUUCCCAACUCAAAGCAAAGAUCAUCCUAAAUCAGGACAACCCAACUUUCCUCCUUUCUACUCACUCUUCUCUCCAUCUUUUCUAUUGAAGGAACAAGGCUAUGGCUCUUGCAACAGCAGCACGUAAGAUGGGUCUCAUGAAACCAGACCGUCAGCUCUUCGCAGUUGCUGAUGACACUGCCCUGACGAAGCAAGUUUUGGCCACUCAUUCAGACGAAACUCUCGAGUUUCUUGUCACUCCUUUGCUCGGUCUCAUUGAACAAAUUUUCCUUCGAGCUAAACUCAAUGAUAAGCAGGGAACAACAGGAGCUGAACUGGAGGCAAUCGAAGACAACUCUCCAAGCCCAACGGACUUGCUGGACUUGCUGGACUUUGUAUCAUUCACCAUCCAUAGAGUUUCCAAUGAGAUACAGUACAAGUGUUCAAGAGCAGGGGAGCCCCAUACAGUGACAAUGGAAGUGUUGAAUUUGUUAACAAACUGGCCAUGGGAUGCUAAGGCAGUGCUGGCGUUGGCUGCAUUUUCCAUCAACUAUGGAGAGUUUUGGCUAUUGGUUCACCAAUCCUCAUCUGACUUACUCGCCAAAGACAUCUCACUCCUCAAAAAACUCCCAGAAAUAUUCGAGAGAAUCGACAUUGUGAGGCAAAAAUUUGACGCCAUUGACAAACUCAUCAAGGCACUCAUCAGUGUGGCCAAGUGCAUCGUCGAUUUCAAAAUGCUUCCUCCCCAUUACAUUACUCCCGACACACCUGAAAUGAAGAGUGCAACCACUCUUAUUCCAACAGCUGUUUACUGGAUAGUCAGAAGCAUUAUCGCCUGCGCUGCGCAGAUAACAGGCCUUGUCGGGGUUGGCCAUGAGUACUUAGCAUCAGCAUCUGAGACAUGGGAGCUCUCAAGUUUGGCCCAUAAGAUCGACAACAUUCGCAAGCACCUCGAACAACUGCUUCGAGCUUGUCAUCAGUACAUACAUGAGAAGAUGCACCACGAAGCUUAUAUGAACCUGGUCCGCCUUUUCGAGAUACCCCACCUUGACAACAACAAGAUCCUCAGGGCUUUGAUUUACUCCAAGGAUGACAAGAUGCCCCUCAUCGAUGGUAUAAGCAAGGAAAAGGCUACCCUGGACGUGCUAAGAAAGAAGAAUGUUCUGCUGCUCAUCUCUGACCUGGACCUUUCCGUAGUGGAGCUUUCAAUGCUGGACCAAAUCUACAGAGAAUCAAGGCAGAACAAAACGAGAGCAGAGAGCGAUUACGAGGUGGUUUGGAUGCCAAUUGUGGAGUCCCCAUGGACAGAUGAGAAACAUGCCAAGUUCGAAGGGUUGCUGAAUUUGAUGCCAUGGUACUCGGUGGCACAUCCUUCCCUGAUCGAAUCGGCGGUGAUCAAGUACAUAAGACAAGUGUGGCACUUCAACAAGAAGCCUUUGUUGGUGGUUCUGGACCCUCAAGGAAAAGUAGUGAAUACCAACGCCGUCCAUAUGCUGUGGAUUUGGGGAAGCUUGGCCUACCCCUUCACAAGCGCUCGAGAGGAAUCACUUUGGAAAGAGGAGACUUGGAGACUUGAGCUGUUGGUGGAUUCAGUGGAGCCGCUCAUCUUUAACUGGAUGGAAACAGGGAAAUACAUAUGCAUUUGCGGAGGGGAAGACAUGGAAUGGGUGAGAAGCUUCAGCAAAAAGGUGAAAGAAGUGGCAAACGACGCGAAGAUAGAAAUGGAGAUAUUGUACGUGGGAAAGAGCAACCCGGGAGAGAGAAUCAGGAAGAACAUAGCGGCAAUCUUGGCAGAAAAAACGAUCCACACACUGGCAGAUCCGACCCUAGUAUGGUUCUUCUGGGUAAGGCUGGAAAGCAUGUGGUAUUCAAAAACACAAAGGGGAAACACAAUUGAGGAAGAUCCCAUAAUGCAAGAGACAAUGACAAUGCUGAGCUUCGACAGUGGGGACCAGGGGUGGGCGGUGUUCUGCAAGGGCUCAACCAGCAUCAUUCGGGCCAAAGCCGAGAUGAUAAUGAAGGUGAUGGAGGGGUACGAAGAGCGUUGGAAGGAGGAUGCAAAGGAGUUGGGAUUGAUACCUGCUAUGAGCAAGGACCUCCAAGCCAUACACACUCCCGAGCAUUGCAACCGUCUCAUUCUGCCUUCCUCCAACGGCACCAUUCCUGAGAAGGUGGUUUGCUCUGAAUGUGGCAGCGCCAUGGAGAAGUUCAUCAUGUACCGCUGCUGCACAGACUGAGGUUUUGCACAGUUCCAACCGCCCUCACUAAUUGUUGGUUAUAUAUAGUAAGCAAGGCUUUGCAGUGUGGAUUUUGUUGUGUAAAAUAAAAAGAUGUAAUUUCCAUGGAUGCAUGGAAGUCUAAUUUCAGUAUUACGUUAUCUUUUUAUUAAAUAGUUUUAAUGUAUGUUUCAAGGUUUAAUGGAAUUUUUCUCUUUUUUUUUCUU